AGGAGGAGGAGGAGGAGGAGGAGAAGGAGGAGAAGGCAGAAGAGAAUCAAUCGAGAACACAGUCGGGUCUGUCCAAAAUCGGCGGAAUAAUGUUUCUGCGUAUCGACAGGAUCGUGCGCUCGGGGAUCUUGUUUCUGUUGUGCAUCGGAUCGAGCUUUCAGCAGGAGGAGGAUAUACCCCAUAACGAAGUAAAAAACUGGGCCUUGAAAUUUGGAGUGGAUCUAUGGGAAUUUGGUAAGCAAGUAACCAAAAUGACCGAAAUACAAAAGAAUUAUUACAAAGUCGAGGCGAAUCUUAUUAAAAGGGACGGCUUGGUACUGGUAAGAGAAAUGGCUGCUGAAGUUAAAAAUAUGAUGGACUUUAAAAUGAACGCCGUAAUGAGGCUAAUGGAAAAUGCCGAACAGGCCGCAGUUUCUCCGCCGAGAGAUGGUAACGUGUCACCCAAAUAUCAUUCUUCCCAUCGUUCGAAUCUUUUCAUGGGAGAUGGCAAAGGUUCCUCCGAAUCUCGUGAGGUAUAUCUAAGCACGAAUCGUCAUUUCGAUCGGCUAGCAGUCAAUGUCAGUUUAUCGUCGGUUCUCAUGCCAGCUGGAAUACAAGAGACAGAAAGCGACGUAGCUGCGGGCAUUCAAUGGAGCGAAUACUUGGAUCCUCUUUUCGUCAAUAAUUACGAAAGCGAUCCCUCGUUAUCUUGGCAGUACUACGGCGCUACCUCGGGAUUUUUAAGACGCUUUCCUGCCAUAACGUGGCCACCGAUGGAGUUUGGCACGAACAAGUCACCGUCAGUGUCCUCGAAUCGUGUUUAUCGCGACGUCUACGACUUCAGAACUUCUAAUUGGUUCGUCGGUGCUGCGAACAGUCCAAAAGACUUGGCGAUUUUAAUAGACACCAUGGGAUACGACAGCGAGAGGAAUCAACGAUUAAUAAGCGCUACUACCAAGGCGAUAUUGGACACGUUAGGUCCCGACGAUUACGUGAACGUUUACCGAUAUGGCGAAACAGCCGAGGAAAUCGUACAGUGUUUCAAGGACAGCCUGGCUCAGGCCUCGCCGGAGAACAUACACGAGCUCAAGCUCGCGACGAAUACGUUGAAACGCGAGGAAACGACGAAGAAUAUAUCGGCGGCCUUGAGUACGGCCUUCGAAAUCCUUCACAAGUACAAUAGAACCGGUCAGGGUAGUCAAUGCAAUCAGGCGAUAAUCUUGAUAACGACUGACAACGAAGGUCCUCCUACGGAAGUGAUCAGAAGGUACAACUGGCCGCACAUGCCGGUCAGAUUAUUUACUUACCUCGUUGGCGGUGACAAGAGUCCGGAACUCUUCGACAUGGCGUGCACCAACAAAGGGUAUUACGCGAGAAUUACCAAGCCGGAAGAGAUUAAGAGUAAAGUUUUCGAAUACGUGAAGGUACUCGCCAGACCUAUGGUCCUUUAUCAACACGAUCACCCUAUACACUGGAGUCCGGCUUACAUCGGUGGAAAGAGCGGUAGAUAUGGCCGAGAAAAUCGUGGACAGCUGAUGACGUCCGUCACCGCUCCGAUUUUGGAUCGUCGAAAUCAUACGUUGAAAAGAGCUAAUUUAUUGGGCGUCGUUGGUACCGACGUUCCCGUCGAGGAAAUUCAAAAACUCGUGCCACCUUCCAAGUUGGGAGUCAAUGGAUACUCCUUUAUCGUCGACAAUAAUGGCCGCGUUUUGUAUCAUCCGGAUCUGCGUCCGUUGCCGGGAAAUGCAGAUUACGAGGAGACACUGAAACCUACGUACAUAAGCGUAGACCUGUCGGAAGUCGAACUAGCCGAAUACGACGGACCCUCGCACUCCUUGAACAAUUCUCUUCUUUUAGACUUGAGGCACGAUAUGAUCGAUCAGAAGGAAGGGGAGACCGGCUUCGCCGUGAAGAUUCAUUACGACGACAUGAAAAGAGUGACUAUCAGACGACACAAUUAUUUUUACAAGCCGAUCGAGGGUACGCCGUUUUCAUUGGGUUUGGCUUUACCCGAGGGGUAUGGCAUGUUCGAACUCCUUGCCGAACAGGAGAUCAAGCACACGAUAGUAGAUGUGACCGAAUACUUUAAAGGUAAUAAUUGGAAAGUACAUCCAGAUUGGGUGUACUGUGAAUAUAAUUCGGCAUCGGACAAGUUGUUCUCUUCCCCGGAGGAACGCGUUUUGCACUUUUUAUCGCGCACGCGAAAACCCGGGUGGAAGUGGAUGUCCUUGAGACCAAGGAGUCCAAGCUCGCACCAUAAACAGGCGAGCAAGCCGGACAAGGACGCUUAUUAUUGCGAUAAGAGAUUACUUCAAUCUUUAGUUUUGGACGCAUUGGUAACGGAUGGGUUUGAUAAAAGAAGAAAUUCAAUGCACAAAGAAGAGAAUCCGAACCCUAUUGCCAUACUGAUGGCUCUACUGCACAGCCAAGGCAAAGGUAGAUUCGGGGUUACGAGAAGCUUCAUCGCAACCAGAAGCGGACUUUUUCGUUGGCACGAACAUCAACAGAGCGAUGAGGCCGCAGAGGAGCCUUGGUUUCCCGAGCAGCAAGCAAGAGCUAUGGAAUCGUCUUGGUACAAACGUGCCGUCGAUCAGCACUCGAUAGAACCGGAAAGUUUCGUUUUUAGCGUUCCGUUCGAUGCCGCCGAAAGACCGAAUCCUCUGGUUACCGCGACGCACGCUAUCUUCAUUGGAAAAGGACACAAAGCUCCGGCUGCGGUGGUAGGAUUGCAAUUUCAACAUUCCUCAUUGGCGUCGCAUUUCGUUAACAUAACGUCAACGUGUACGGGAAUGUCUGGCUGCAAAAAGAAUUGUGCGUCGGAGGAACUCGACUGUUAUAUUCUCGACAAUAGCGGAUUCAUCGUUAUAAGCGAGAGACACGAACACACCGGCAAAUUUUUUGGCGAGAUAGAUGGUACCAUAAUGGAUUCCUUGGUACAAGAUAGGAUAUACAGGAAGGUAACCGUCAUCGAUUAUCAGGGCACCUGCAGUCCUCAGGAAAGUCACCGGUCGUCAGCACCGAGAACUACAUCGGCAUCUAUUUUAAAAGGCACCGCGCUUAUCGGCAAUUUCAUUUGGAAUCUCUUUGUGAGCUUCAACGUUCAAGAUAUUUGGCGUACGGUAGUGGCCUUUGCCAAGGAUGCGGCACAUUCCAUGCAAAACGAUGACGAUCUGAUAUUCUCUGACACCGACCUUGACACUGAUCCCAAUAACAACGGUGCCGACGAACUAGCCGAGCUUCACAAUCUGGACUCGAUGGCACCGGCGGAAUCAACCGCGGGAUCGAUAUCAGGAAAGGAACACUUUUCGGAAAUACCAGUGGCACCUCCGAUACCUGUCUCACCACCGACUACUCGUGCCACGUCCGCCCAUUUUCCACCUCGCAAAUUAAGGUCUUGCGAAAAGAAGACGGAUCUUUAUAUCCUGCAGCCUGAGAGACUCAAUACCAGCGGACAAAGUAAUCCGCUUAAAGGAAAACUCACCAAUUGUCAUGUUACAGGGUGCGAAAGGCCUUUCAGCGUGCAAAAAAUACAUCACACGAAUUUGAUUCUCCUAGUGGUGGACACGUUGUGUCCCUGUGGUAACAAACAACUCAGCAUCGAGCCGAUCGAAGCUAUGACCGAACCAGGAGCGUGUACAGCGAGAAGAGAACGGCUCUAUCGGAGAAGACCUCCAAAGUGCAUAAAUUAUCAUCCGGAGGAAAUGGAGAUAAAGAUUUGCGGUGGCGCAUCGACGCAAUUCAGUCGAUCCACCCUGGUCGUGCUUCUGUUAACCAUCUUCGUCGUCAGGUUGGCGUGACUCUCCAGUUAACGGUGAUCCACUCGCAACAAAGCACGCACGCACACGCUAUUAUAAGGCGCGUACGCAUUUACGAAUUGACCUUUUUGAACGGAUCUAGCGUUUGCCCCUUUCUACUAAGAAAAAAAAAAAAAAAAUAUGAUUGUCUAAGCAAGUUAUAUACGAGCGGUCUACUCUGCCUUUUUUCCUUCAAAAAUCCUUUUUUCGUCUCUGGCUCUCUCUCUCUCGCGUCGAAUCCCUCGUCGCACGAAUAACACGAUUCUCUCUAUUGCUUCCGAUCUAUUCGAAGCUUUUGCACGUUUUUCUGCUACGGGACUCGUUCCGACUUUUUUCUUUUCUUUUCUUUUC